GUGCGCCGGCGGGAUCCUGAGGGAGGCGGGGAGGGGCGGGUACCGACGGCAGCACCGACGGCGGCAUCUGCGCCAACUAUGGCCUCGCUCGUGAAGAAAAUAAUCAGCACUACCAAGGCCCCUGCACUGGGUCCCUACAGCCAAGCUGUGCUGGUGGACCGGACAAUGUACAUUGCAGGACAGAUAGGCUUAGAACCUUCCACCGGGCAGCUUGUCUCUGGAGGGGCAAAGGAGGAAGCUAAGCAGGCUCUAAAAAACAUGGGAGAAAUCCUGAAAGCUGCAGGCUGUGACUAUGGCAAUGUUGUGAAGACUACGGUUUUGAUGGCAGACAUGAAGGACUACAGUGAUAUUAAUGAUGUUUAUAAACAAUUUUUCAAGGCAAACUUUCCAGCCAGGGCAGCCUAUCAAGUUGCUGCUUUGCCCAAAGGUGCCCGAGUUGAGAUUGAAGCUAUUGCCAUUCAGGGACCUCUCCAAGAUGCUUCAGCCUGACUAUAAAUAGAGACUGGAUAUCCUACAGCAACAGUUUUGGAUUUGAUUAAUACUUCUCCCUUACAUCCGAUUCCUACAGUUGACUAACAGCAGUUACAUGCAGUUGAAAGUAGUAAAUUUACCAAGGAAAGGUGCCUUCUUCCGGACUGGGGCCUUGGAUUCUCUAAAAUAUGAGCUUACAGUGAGUUCUCUGCCAGCAAACCCUGAAACCUGUGGGAGUCCUGCUAAAAUCAGCUGAUCUUGAUUGCAGGACAGGGCCCACUUUGUGAUGGUCACUGGAUAUUCAGGUAUUAAGGUACAUGUUUGGGUGAGCUUAUGACAGUUAUACUGUCGUAAGUUAUACUAUCUGUGAUCUGGACAUAGAAAACUAGAAUGAUUUGUAAGUAACAAUUUUAAAUAAGAAAAAAUGACAGAAAUGAGAAAACAGAACACUUGAAUUGCUUAGGACAUAUUUUCACUUUUGGGGAAUUUUACUCUAUUUGUUUCUGAAUUGUCUUGACCUCUUUCUUUACAUAAUAGAUUACUGUUGAAAGUCACUUUUUUCAUAUGUAAGCAACUGUUUAAGAAAGUUAAUUUCAGAAAUAAGAAAAUUAUGCUUUUCUGAAGUGAAGUGCUAACUUUAUUAAUCAACUGUAAAUUAAUAUCUACCUGAACUUUUUUCAUAAUUUUUUUCAUAGCAAUUCAACUUUGACUGUGUUUUGAUUUAAAAAAAAACAAGCGAAAAUCCAAAAAAAAAAAAGUUUAAUGAGAAUAAAAUAUAAUUGCAACUGCAAAAAUGUGCUUGUCUGUUCUGGGAACAAACUUCUUUUCCUGAUUGUGCUUUGAUUAUCCAUUACAAAAAAAAAAAAAAACAUUUUGCUUAUUCA